AUGCCCAACUUCACAGAGGCGGACACCAUCCGCAUUCUGGUUGCGACAGACAACCACGUCGGCUACGAAGAGCGAGACCCGAUACGCAAAGAUGACAGCUGGAGGACCUUUGACGAGAUUCUGAACCUCGCAAAGAGCCAGGACGUCGACAUGGUGUUGCUGGGCGGCGACCUCUUCCACGACAACAAACCCUCCCGAAAAUCCAUGUAUCAGGUCAUGCGCAGUCUUCGGAAGAACUGCCUCGGCAUGAAGCCCUGCGAGCUCGAGUUCCUCAGCGAUGCGAACGAAGUUUUCGAGGGUGCCUUCCCCCACGUCAACUACGAAGAUCCAGACAUCAACAUUUCCAUCCCCGUCUUCUCCAUUCACGGCAAUCAUGACGACCCCAGCGGCGAAGGUCACUUCUGCUCUCUGGACUUGCUCCAAGUCGCUGGCUUGGUAAACUACUUUGGUCGCAUCGCCGAGGCCGACAAUAUCGAGGCGAAGCCGGUGCUGCUGCAAAAGGGCCAGACCAAGCUUGCGCUGUUCGGACUGAGCAACGUUCGUGACGAGCGCAUGUUCCGUACCUUUCGGGACCACAAGGUCAAGUGGUUUCGGCCGGGCGUUCAGCAGUCGGAUUGGUUCAACCUGCUCACCGUCCACCAAAACCACCACGCCCACACGGCGACUUCGUACCUUCCUGAGAACGUGCUGCCCGACUGGAUGGAUCUUAUCGUCUGGGGCCAUGAGCACGAAUGUUUGAUUGAUCCUCAGCAAAACCCCGAGACAGGCUUCCAUGUCAUGCAGCCGGGUUCCUCGGUUGCGACGUCGCUUGUGCCGGGCGAGGCGGUGCCGAAACAUGUCGCCAUCCUAAACAUCACUGGGAAGGAAUUCAGGGUCGAGAAGCUGCCCUUGAAGACGGUAAGACCCUUCGUCACGAGAGAGAUCCAGCUAGCGACCGACCCGCGAUUCAAGGGCUUGCACACCAAGAAGGACAACCGACAGGAGCUUACCAAGAGACUGAUGGUGGUAGUCGAGGAGAUGAUCCAAGAGGCCAACGAAGAAUGGUACGCCGUUCAGGACAACGAUGAAGAAGAGCCUCCACUACCGUUGAUCCGUCUCAAGGUGGAAUACACAGCCCCCGAGGGAGGUCAAUACGACUGCGAGAACCCUCAGCGUUUUUCAAACAGGUUCAUCGGCAAGGUCGCCAACACCAAUGAUGUAGUCUACUUCCAUCGGAAGAAGGCUGGGGUCUCGAGACGCAACGCCGGCACUGACGUUCCUGAGAUGUUGGAGGAGACAUUAGGUCUUGAUACUGUCAAGGUCGAGGCCCUAGUGCAGGAGUUCCUGAUGGCUCAGUCUCUCAAAAUCCUGCCAACGGCACCUUUCGGUGAUGCCGUCAACCAGUUUGUCAACAAAGACGACAAGCACGCGAUGGAGGAGUUUGUUAGCGAGUCUCUGGCCGGGCAGGUUAAGCAGAUGCUCAGCCUCGACUCAGAUGAGGAAGAUCUCGACAACGCCAUGGAGGCUUAUCGGGCCAAGCUUGAGGAGCAGUUUUCCAAGGGCGCUCUGAAGAGGAAAACGAAGCGCACUGUCAAGCCGAAGCCGGAUGAAUGGGAUUCGGAUCUGGAUGGACACUGGGAGGACCAACCUGGUGUAGUCGAGACCGAGACAGUGGCUGGAGCACCUGUCAGGUCACGAAGGGCACAAACACAGGAUGAUGACAAUGACCUGAUGGACAUGGAGGAUGAGCCAGCACCUCGUCCAGCACCCGCUAAAAAGGCGGCCACUACCCGAGCCACAAAGGCGGCCCCGGCCAAGAAAGCUCCGGCGAAGAAGGCGCCAGCCAAGAAGGCGCCUGCUCGAGGCCGCAAAAAGGCUGUGUUCGAAGACGAAUCCGAGGAGGAGGACGUGGUGAUGGACGAUGACUUUGAAGAGCCACCCGCGCCCACCCGCGCGAGAAGGUCCCAGCCCGCUCGUGCGGCUCCGAAGGGCCGCCAGACGAAGCUCAACUUCUCACAAGCCACGACCUCGCAGGCUGCGGUCGAGAUCAGCGAUGAUGAGAUCUCUGACGAUGAUGCCUUUGAGCCUGCGCCAACAACUACCCGUUCCAGACGGAGAUAG